AUGCAGGCAGACGAGAACUCGUCCAGCACGUCUCUCUGUCUCCCUCCAUGCUGGAAGUGUUCCCGAAAAGCUGUGAAAUAUUUCCGUUGUGCCACAGAGGGCUGUCCUGGCCCGGCAAACAUUUCUGCAAGCUCACAGGACAUCAUCGACAAUCGUAUCGCUUUGUGUAAGCAGUGUGCAGUACGCUGCCCCUUCUGCGCUGGAGCUAUCCGACAAGAGGAUUUGCACUCCGUCACCGACAGGCCAGCCACGCUCUUAAGUUGUUCGACCGAAGGAGGGGGUGGUGAGGGGUCGGCCGUGGGUCCAACAGCUGGGAUCGAUCUCCAGACCUUGGAAGAGUUCAACCUGCAGCUGAAGGAGUUGGCGGACAAGGUGCAGAAGCGAAUGCGAGCAUUGAGUACGGAGCUUGCGGUGAGCGCGUCGGGUCACCCAGAGAUUCUCGAGCUCCUGGAACAGGCCAGGAAGCUCGUCGACAGCCUUGAUCAACAGGGUCUCCGGCCGGAUGGUGUUACAUACCAGUGGCUGAUAUCCCUGCAUGCUCGAGCAAAAGAUAAGGAGCACGUCGAAGCGUGGGCCUACAAGAUGGAGAACUGCAACAAAUGCAGCACGGAUGCCUACAACUCUGUCAUGUUCGGCUUCGCAGUGCCGCAAGGAAUUGAUCGUGCUGACAUGUGGUUCAAUCGCAUGUUGGCCCAUGAUGUGGCGCCAGAUGUCAAAACCUUCGCUAUUCUCAUUCAAGCAUGCGCCGCAUCCCGUGAUUCGACCCGUGCCAGUCGAUACUUCCAGCGCAUGCAACGCUUCGGCAUCGCGCCAAACGUUGUUGUUUUCAGCCAGUUGAUCAGUGCUUGCGCCUCUGAAGAUCACGACCCCCGCAGCUUGCAAAAGGCAGAAGGGUUUUUCAAGAGUAUGCAACAAUCAGGUGUGGAGCCCAACAACUUCACAUUCAUGCGGCUGCUGAAAGCAUGUGCGAAUGCCGGGGAUGCAAGAAAGGCUUCCCAGUACUUCAACUUGAGCGUAGAAGCUGGCUGUGUUCCUAACGUCGUCACAUACACCCAGAUGGUGUCAGUAUUCAUCAAAAAUGGCGAUGUGGCAGGGGCAGAGAGGUGGUUCAGUAAGCUGGAGGCAGCUGGCAUCACCCCAAACGUGGCAGCCUUCAAUUCUGUGAUUCGUGUGUGUGGCACGGCAGGUGACGUCAAACACGCCUCCAGCUGGCUGGAGAAGCUUGAGGCAGCUGGGUGCCACCCGACGGAGCACACCUACGAAGCCCUCAUCACGUCGGUCCUUUACCAUAAGGACUUCGUUGGAGCAGACAGGUGGUUGCAGCGCAUGCUGGACACAGGAGUGCCACCGACCAUCAAGAUUUUCAUUAUCCUCCUGAAAGCUUGCGAACACACUGGCAACUUGUGCCAGGCAGAGAAAUGGUUCAACAAAAUGAUCGAGGCCGGAGUUCAGCCAGACGUGCAGGCCUAUAACAGCAUUUUGAAGACCAGUGCAGUGCAUGAUUCCUUUGGGCGGUUCCGAGUAAGACAGCCGACGUGCCAGGAGCAACGGAAGUGGUUUCUGAAGAUGUAUGAAGCAGGUGUGCAGCCCAACGAAGCCACCCAUGACAUCCUGACGCGUUCCACGUGCUUGCCGAUCGUCUCGGCCGUAGCAUCCUCCGUCGCUGCAGCUCUGCAGUCGUAUAGCCAUCGCUUCUGCAGCAUAGGAAACUGA